GCUUUGUCUUUGUCAUACGUUAUUUUAGAGCGUCAAUACACGCCACAUCCAGUGGAAUAAAACACACGCUUCGUAAUUGGAGGCAGGAGAGGAUUCAGAGAUGCACACAGAGACAGAACAGGAGGGAAGGAACGAUUGAAGGAUCUACGACCAGGACCAAAGGAAGUGUAGUGGUCUACUAGCUACAGCAACACAGUGAAAUGUUUAUUUAAAUGCACGAUUUCUCUGACCUGGUGUGAUACUGUUUUACGUUUUUGCUUCUGAAUUUUCUGGAAAUACCCCACGGUUUUAACAAGAAACACUGAAUUGUGCUGGACUGCACUUUGGGCGCCCCUCUGUCACCAUGGUAUUAGACUAUCAUCUCAUUAAGAUCAGAACGCUCCGAUGCCGCCAUCUCCACUGCAUUUUCUUCUGCCUCUUGACCAUCGCUGCUGUACUUGGUGUUCAGUCGUCAUAUCCUCAAAGCAGCGACUGUGUGCCUGACAAAGGAAAAGACUGUCCAGAUUUGUCUCAGAAGAAGAGUGAUUUGAGAGUGUGUGACAAAUCUACCUGUCGCUAUGGUGGAAUCUGCAGGGACAAUGGUGCGGACAUUAAAUGUGUAUGCCAGUUUCAGUGUCACGAAAAAUACAUCCCUGUAUGUGGAUCUAAUGGGGACACCUAUCAGAAUGAGUGCUACCUGAAGCAAGCAGCCUGCACCCAGCAACGUCUUGUAUCCCUAGCCUCUCCUGGACCCUGCGAUCCAGAUAGCAGCUCAGGGUCAGGGGAUGGAGAUGAUGAAGGAUCAGGUACAGAUACAAGCAAGAAACUCACUAAAUGUAGCAACUGCAAAUAUGGUGCUGAAUGUGAUGAGGAUUCAGAAGAUGAGGACUCGUGUUCGUGUAAAAUUGACUGUAGUGGGCAUAAUGAGAAUCCAGUGUGUGGUACAGAUGGAAACUCCUACAACAACCCUUGCCUUGUACGGGAGGCUUCAUGUCUGAAACAGGAGCAGAUCGAUGUUAAACAUCUGGGGAGAUGCCCAGAUAAGGGGAAAAAAAAUAAUGAUGAAGGACUGUCCUACAAGCCUGAUCUCUUUGACCCAGCAGAUCCAGGAGAAGGGAAAGGAUAUGGCUGGAUGCCAAUUCCCUGCACAGAUGACAACUUCUGUGUUCAUGGCCACUGUGAAUUUAAAUAUGGUCAUUCCUCGUGUCGGUGUGAUUCUGGAUACACAGGGCCACAGUGUGAGGAAGUUGCUGACUUUAACAUACUCUAUGUGGUGCCUAGUGGUCAAAAACUGCACUAUGUACUCAUAGCUUCUAUUAUUGGAGCUGUGCAGAUAGCCAUUAUUGUGGCUGUUGUCAUGUGCAUCACCAGGAAAUGUCCUAAGAAUAACCGAGGACGUCGGCAAAAACAAAACUUGGGUCAUUUCUCUUCAGACACCUCAUCCAGGAUGAUGUAGCUUGUUUUAUUUUUUGAUUUUAUACCUUUUGUACCAUGUGGAUUGCAUUUAAGAGUACCUUUUGUUUAAUUCUGUGUUUAUCUGUGGACCAUAGGUUUAUUUUUAGUUUAUUUAUGGUGCCUUAUUAUUCAUUUUAUUCUGGACAUUUAAGGAGCUUGUUGGCAGUUGUAAACACUGCCAACUGAAUGAUGAAAGCCAGCUUUUCUUUUUCUACCUUUUUUCUGUUACUUAUUUUUGGUAAAUGUUUGUGAAAUGUUCUUGGUACAGUUGCUGUACACUUUUUGUUCACUGAAUGUGUUUACUUUAGCGAGUGCAGCUGAACACCAAAUGGAGUUGGUUAUGUAUGACAAAACAACAGCAAUUUUUUUUAAAGGUAAUUGCAGACAAUGAAAUGCAGUGUGGAUGGAUGGCUAGUUAAUGUUGCAAUGUUGAAAUGUGUGUAGAUUUUAAUUUGUAAUGUUAUUGGUGGUGUCCUUGAUAAAAUGAUCAUUAAUUUAAUUCUAGACACUGCAUAUCGCAUGAAACUGUGUCCAGUGA